AGCAAUCUGCCCUCGCUUGUUGUAGGCAGCGGAGGAUCCUAGCCAAGUGCAUCUCACAACAGAAGCAGCAGACGUCUGCCUUCGCUCGGUAGUCUGGGCUCGUUCUACCUUCGGUCAGAUUCGCAAAACUAGCAAAAUGCCGAUCUGUGGGAAGAAAUCAGCCGUUAUGUGCUCGGUCCUCAGUGCAUGGGGAGUCAUCAUGUUGCUGCUGCUGGGCAUAUUCUUGAGAAUGAACUCGGUGGCCUUCGCUGAAGAUCUAGAAAUCCACGCGAAAACACGGUCCGAAUACUUGAUAGAGAUUAAUCGGAAAUACCGAGCAGCUUCUCUGAAUUGUUGGAUCGCGGCUGGUCUCUAUGGCGUCACCCUGAUUGUGUCCUUCCAUCAAUACUGUCUCAACCAGAAGGCGCGAAACACUUGAGGAUGCCAGCGGAAUUUUCGACAUAGACACCUAGGACGAACACAGAGGACAAUUCAGCAUGUUUAUUUAUCGUUAUUCUCCUGGAAUCCGAGCAAAAUUAUCAAGCUGUAAAUAGAAACGAAAAGUGUUAUGAGUGAGACAAACGCAGUAUCAUAUCUUAGCCGAAAGCCCAGCGGGUCAUCGAAUUAGAUCAACAGCAUGUCAGCUUGGAUUGUUGCGUUUGAAUGAGGAGUUUUGUUGAGUUGAUACGGAUGCGACGCGAAUUCGCGUGGAAUAAACAGCGUCGGAUUAAAUGUGUGA